ACCGAGGGAAGGGCGAGGCUGACAAUAGGAGCUUGGAGCAUGGAAAAUAAUUGAUCCGCUGUAACUAGCGGGAUUACCCUUAUCUCGCCCCAUCCUAUCCUUAUCAGAUGGCCGCCGUCCCAACUUUUCCCAAACCCACCUCCACAACCAGCCUCGCGCCGAUAUCCCCAGUCCAACUGCCCACAAUGGUCUGCGCAAAAUGUCAAAAGCUCACGAAGCCUACCUCCCUCGCCACACCGGGCGUCAAGAAGAAGAGCGAGAUGUACUACGGCUCUCCCGCCGGCACCAAGACCGCAUCUGCUGGCAGCUCCGCGACCUUGGGGCAAACCAGUAUUGGCAAGUCCAAGCUCCUCUCCGCCUCCGCCAAAAACCCCUACGCCGCCUACGCCGCGAAAUGCACCGGCAAAGAAUGCGUCACCAAGAUCGAGUCGGGGAGGAAAUACUGCAAUAAAUGUGCGUAUCGCGCGAAUGCGUGCGCGGUGUGUGGGAAGAAGAAUGCCCCCGAGAAGAAGGCCGCGCCGGUGAUUGCGGGGCAGAAGUUUACGCUUAAGUGAGGAGGGAAGGGGGGAAGGAGAUAUAUUGUAUAUUUAUUGAGGGAUGG